AUGUACCAGGCUGGCCACAACCCCUGGCCUUUUCCAGCUGUGAAUGGAUCAUGGGGGCAGGAGCCCCAGAGGCAGUUCCUGGAGGCGCUGGGUGGUACCUGGGAACCACCUCGAGGGGACGGACUGCCCCUUCUCGCCAUCAUCAUUGCUGUCUUUGUCCUGCUGGCAGUCUGUAUCAUGGUGGCAGUCCACUUUGGGCCAAGACUGCACCAGGGCCAUGCCACUCUCCCCACAGAGCCACCAGCCCCAAAACCAGAGGAUGGAAUCUACCUCAUCCACUGGCAGGUGUUGGGCCCCCAGGACAGUCAUGAAGAAGCCCAGCAGGGAUCUCUUGUCCCUGGCUCCUGCCCUGCAUCAGAUGCGCCUGGACCCAGCAUCGAUGAAGUCACAUAUCUGUAG